AUGUGGACCUCAAAUUUAAAGCUCAAAUUCAAAUCCAAGAACAAACAGAAGGAGUUAAAAUCAGCUCCGGAUUUGAGAAACAAAAGCGACUCCUUAACUCCGGUAUUAGACCGUGCCUCGAAAUCUCUACCUUCACCAAGAAGCAUACCAGAAUUGUACAAAGAGAAGGAGCAGAAUUUGAAGGUUUUCUCACUCCAAGAGCUCAGGGAUUCAACCAAUGGCUUCAGCAGGUUGCAAAAGCUUGGGGAAGGGGGAUUUGGGAGUGUGUAUAAAGGAAUAAUCAAGCCCAAAAAUGGCAAGGGUAGUCCAAUUUUGGUUGCCAUAAAAAAGUUGAAUCCACAUAGCUUACAGGGUCAUAAAGAAUGGCUUGCAGAGGUUCAAUUUCUUGGUGUGGUAAAUCACCCAAAUCUGGUAAAGCUUCUAGGAUAUUGCUCUGUAGAUGGGGAAAGAGGGAUCCAACGGCUAUUGGUAUACGAAUAUAUGCCUAAUAGGAGCUUAGAGGAUCAUCUUUUCAACAGGGCUUUGAACCCUCUUCCUUGGAUCACGAGGUUACAAAUAAUGCUUGGUGCUGCUCAAGGAUUGGCUUAUCUACAUGAGGGACUGGAAGUCCAGGUGAUAUAUCGAGAUUUCAAAUCCUCCAACGUGCUCUUGGAUGAGGACUUUAAGCCGAAGCUCUCAGACUUCAGGCUUGCUAGAGAAGGGCCAAAGGGUGACCGUACUCAUGUAUCGACAGCAGUGGUAGGGACUUAUGGAUAUGCUGCCCCAGAGUAUGUCGAAACAGGCCAUCUUUCCAUCCAUAGUGACUUAUGGAGUUUUGGUGUGGUGUUGUAUGAGAUCCUCACUGGGAGGCGUGUCUUAGAAAGACACCGGCCAACAGCGGAGCAGAAGCUUCUUUAUUGGGCUAGACAGUACCCUGCAGACAGUAAAAAAUUCAGCAUGAUAAUAGAUCCGCUUCUAAGAGACCAGUAUUCUAUUAAUGCAGCUCGAAAAAUUGCCAAGUUGGCAGAUAGCUGCCUGAACAAGAAUGCAAAAGACCGGCCAACAAUGAAUCAGGUGGUAGAGAUCUUGAAGCAAGCUAUACAAGAUUCACAAAAGGGUACCAACUCUGUAAAUAACAAUUUUGGGGCAUCUGGGUCUAAAUUGGGUAAAAAGAACCCCAAGUUGAGGUGAUAUAAGAGAGAAGCCUGUGAUCAAACGAAAGCAUUAUUAAUAGUGUCUGCUGUGACUAUGUUCUAUUUAAAUUUUUUAACAGGUUGAAAUGGUUGGAUAAGUGGAAAUGGGAAGUUUUGUGUAAGUUCCAAUUUUGCAGACCUCAAAUACUUUUAGCCUGCUCUGUUUUUACACCCUUUUUAACCGAAGUUAGGGGUUCUGGUCCAACAUGAGGGUGGUUUGA